CUCUGGCUGAGGUGGCAGUGUUUUUCUCCUCUGCUCACACGGAGCUGCUCAGGCUGGAGGCCAGCCAGCCCUCGCCGCCGCCUGGGUCGCGAUGGGGGCGCAGGACCGGCCACAGUGUCACUUCGACAUCGAGAUCAACCGGGAGCCGGUUGGUCGUAUUAUGUUCCAGCUCUUCUCAGACAUUUGUCCAAAGACUUGCAAAAACUUUCUUUGCCUCUGCUCAGGGGAGAAAGGCCUUGGGAAAACAACUGGGAAGAAGUUAUGUUAUAAAGGUUCUACAUUCCAUCGUGUGGUUAAAAACUUUAUGAUUCAGGGUGGGGACUUCAGUGAAGGUAAUGGAAAAGGUGGAGAAUCAAUUUAUGGUGGAUAUUUUAAAGAUGAAAACUUUAUUCUCAAACAUGACAGAGCGUUCCUUUUGUCAAUGGCAAAUCGAGGGAAGCAUACCAAUGGUUCCCAGUUUUUCAUCACCACCAAGCCUGCACCACACCUGGAUGGGGUGCAUGUUGUCUUUGGACUAGUUAUUUCUGGUUUUGAAGUAAUUGAACAAAUUGAAAAUCUGAAAACCGAUGCUGCAAGCCGGCCUUAUGCAGAUGUGCGAGUUAUCGACUGUGGAGUGAUUGCCACAAAAUCAACAAAAGAUGCUGUUGAGAAAAAAAGGAAGAAACCAAUUCAUUCGGAAGACUCGGAUUCCUCCUCCAAUUCCUCGUCCUCUUCAGAAUCAUCUUCAGAAAGUGAAAUUGAGCAUGAGAGGAGCAGGCGGAGGAAGCAUAGGAGGCGGCCCAAAGUGAAGCAUUCAAAAAAGAGGCGGAAGGAAAUAAGUGGGUCGGAAGAGCCAAGGAACAAACACCCCGGGAGCCCAGUCUGUCACUCUGAGCAGAGUGGCACCAAUGAGAAAAAGUCAGUGGACUCAAAUGCUAAAAGGGAAAAGCCGGUGGUCCGCCCAGAAGAGAUCCCUCCAGUGCCUGAGAACCGGUUCUUGCUGAGGAGAGACAUGCCUGUUGUCACUGUGGAGCCGGAGCCGAAGAUUCCUGAUGUUACACCCAUUGUAAGUGAUCAGAAACCAUCUGUAUCAAAGUCUGGACGGAAGAUUAAAGGAAGGGGCACAAUUCGCUAUCACACACCUCCACAAUCCAGAUCCUGUUCUGAAUCAGAUGAUGAGGACAGCAGUGAAACGCCUCCCCACUGGAAAGAGGAAAUGCAGAGGUUAAGGGCCUAUAGACCACCUAGCGGGGAGAAGUGGAGCAAAGGAGAUAAGCUAAGCGACCCCUGUUCGAGCAGAUGGGAUGAAAGAAGCUUGUCCCAGAGAUCCAGAUCAUGGUCCUAUAAUGGAUAUUACUCAGACCUUAGUACAGCAAGACACUCUGAUGGGCACCAUAGGAAGCAUAGAAAAGAGAAAAAGGUUAAACAUAAAAAGAAGGCUAAAAAGCAGAAACAUUUCAGAAGACAUAAACAGACUAAGAAGAGAAAGGGCAUUGCACCACCUGACGGAGAAUCCUCAAAGCCUUCCACCCGACAAAUGAAGCUUUUCUUUGAAAGAGAAAAGAGAUUGCGUUCCUCCUCGCUGUCAUCGCAUCCGUCAUCACAGAGGGACUGGUCGAAGUCUGACAGAGAUGACCAGAGCUCCUCAACCCACUCCAGCAGAGACUCCGACAGAUCGAAAACUCGCUCCCGGUCUUAUUCCAGAGGAAGCUCAAGAUCAAGGACUGUAUCCAGAUCUUCAUCACCGUCUCAAAGUAGAUCCAAGUCCAGAUCUAGUUCCAAAUCAGGGCACCAAAGGACAGCAUCGAAAUCGCCAAGAACAGACUCUCAGUUAAGUGAAAGUCAACCUGUGAAAACAGAGCCUGUAAGAGUAACGGUGCCACAAAAUGAAAACGUCGUCCAACCAGUGGUGGCAGAAAAUAUUCCUGUCAUACCGCUGAGUGACAGUCCCCCCCCUUCGAGGUGGAAGCCUGGGCAGAAGCCUUGGAAGCCGUCUUAUGAGCGAAUCCAGGAGAUGAAAGCUAAGACACCCCAUUUGCUGCCCACCCAAAGCACUUACAGCUUAGCAAGUGUGAAAGAGACUGGUAGUUCAACAUCCUACCACAAGAGAGAGCGACGUUCAGAAAGCGAUCGCAGUGCUUACUCAAAGUACAGUGACAGAAGUUCAGAGAGCUCACCCCGGUCAAGGAGCAGAUCUUCUCGGAGUGGAUCUUACUCCAGAUCGUACACGCGGUCACAGAGUCCAGUGAGCUCGCGCUCAAGGUCUAGGACUCCGUCCUCUAGACCUCACUCACGACAUAAAUACAGGGCUCAGUCCCGCUACAGCAGGUCAUCCUCCUACCCUUCUGUUAGCAGUGAUGAGAGAAGGCGGGCCAGGAGGAAACGGAGAUCCAAUGGAAAGAGACGUGGCGCCGCCAACAAAAGGCACAGCAGCGGCUCUGAAGAGAGGCGUGGCACAAAGCGCCUCAGAGGCAGAGACAGGGCUUCCUCGCCGAGGAAGGAGAGUGAAAGCAGGUCGUCUCUGGAUGCUGCUUCUUCAGACAGCGGACAGUCAGGCGUGCGGGCAGCCCAGGCUAAAGAGAAGUCACUCCAAGCGGACACGGUCACUAGAAAACAAGAGAGAGCGAGAAGGGGUGAGAAAUCCAAGCCUGAAUGGGAAAGCCCUCAUUCUAAAAAAAGAACUUUGAAAGAGAAGCUUUCGGAUCACUUCACAAAGGUCAGUAAGCCCAAAAGGAAGAAUUAUGCAGGGAGCAAGUGGGACUCUGAGUCAAACUCAGAACGAGGUGCAACUAAGAACCCUAAGAAGGACUCACGGCUGCCCUCGGACAAGGAGGAAGGGGAAGCCACGUCAGAGUCAGAGCUCAGUGACACCCACGUCAAAGCCAAACCCACAACCAGGUCCUCUGCGCACACUUCACUGCAUGCUGGCAACGGGGUCUGGAAACCCAGCAAGCUGCGACCCUCGCUCUCGCCCUCAGGUUCCGGGGGGUCCCGCUCGCUUUCAGAAACCAACCGAGGACGGCCCCAGAAGCACAGACACGGCUCCAAGGGAAGUCUUAAAAAGGAGCAGCAUGCCAAAAAGAUGAAAGAGAAGCUGAAAGGGAGAAAAGACAGAAAGCACAAGGCUCCCAAACGAAAGCAAGCCUUCCACUGGCAGCCUCCGCUCGAAUUUGGGGAGGAGGAGGAGGAGGAAGUCCCCGAAAAGCGAGAUACCCAGGAAUCCAAAGAGAAGCAGCCAGCUGCACAAAAUGGUGACGCCCUGCAAGAUCGCGCUGAGCAACCAGAGAAGCCCCGUGCAGAUGGCCCUGCUGCGCUGGAACAGCACGCAGCUACCGCGCCCUCUGAUUCCGAGCAGCACACGGAAGAGGCCGGUGCCCAUGCUCAGGAGAACGCGGCCAGCUCACCCCCAUGCCCCCGGCACGCUGAAGAGAGCGCCCCCUGCGGAGCGGAUGACGUGCUUCCAGUUGAUGAUAACAUGGAGAUUUGCACUCCGGAGCGGAGCCCCCCCACCAAAGUAGAGGCGGCAUCCCCUCCCAGCCAGUCACAGUUCCCCACCCUGGAUGCCAGCAUUGCCCUGCAGCAGGACGGGCCACCACUGGAGCAGCCUGAGCUGCAGCGGGUGAAACCGGAAAGCAUAGCUGUGGGGGAAGUGGGGCAGCAGGACAGUGGCACUGCCAGCGUGGCAAGUGCCGGAGAAGGCGCUGUCCAGUGGGAGGUGCCGGUGGACACCAAGUGGAAGCCCCUGCAAGGUGUGGGCCACCUAGCCUCACCCGCAAUGACCGCCUCCAGCGAGGUGGGGGUUAAGGGGCCGACCUCUGUGCCUGAAACCAAACCGCAGGGCUUGAGGAUAGAAAUUAAGAGCAAAAGCAAGGUCCGGCCUGGAUCUCUCUUUGACGAGGUGAGAAAGACGGCACGCUUAAAUCAGAGGCCGCGGAAUCACGAGGAGAGUUCCAGUGAUGAGCAGACGCCUAGUCGGGAUGGCGAUAGCCAGUCUCGGAGUCCAAGUCGAUCUCGGAGUAAAUCUGAAACCAAAUCAAGACACCGAACAAGGUCUGUCUCCUACAGUCACUCAAGAAGUCGGUCCCUAAGUUCCACGUCGUCGUACCGAUCAAGAAGCUACUCGAGAAGCCGGAGCAGAGGACGGCACAGCAGAGGCCGCACACGGAGUCCGAGCAGUUCCUACCGCAGUUACAAAAGCCGCAGGACCUCCAGCAGGAGCCGGUCCCGGAGCAGCUCGUACCCCCACAGUCGGUCCAGUAGGUCCUACACCUACGACAGCUACUGCAGCCGGAGCCGGAGCCGGAGUUGGAGCCAGAGGAGCGACAGCUACCCACGAGGAGGCCACCGCCACCGCCGCCGCCACCACCACCACCACCGCUAUCGCCGGAGGUCCAGGUCUUACGGCUCUGACAGUGACAGUGACGGGAGCUACUCUCAUCACCGGAGCCUGAGCGAGAGCAGCACAUACAGUUGAAAAUGACACCACCACCCCCACCUUUUAUACAACUAUAUCUUAACUUGUAAAUAUCUGAUGAUUUAAAACUUUAAAAACAUUCAUGGCAGUCUAUUGUUCUGUUUCGAUAUUAGAAGUGAAUUUCAGUGGCCAGCAUUCCUGGUUACUUGUUCAUUCAUGUUUGUGCAGAAGUAUUUAAAAUCUACAGAAAUGUGUCCUAGAAAUAUCUGUGUGCCACAUUUUACAGUAGCCAACUAUGGAAACCAAUUUCACUUUCUUGAAUCAAGAAAUCAUGAAAUGUAUCUAAGUGUAAUUUACAAUAUUAUUUUAGACUAUUUCUCUCGCCAGCUCUUGUGUCUCCCCCCACCCGCUCCCCGUUUUUCAGGUGUGAGCAUCUGUGCUGCCCAGCAGCAUAGGGCUGUGUGAGUCAGCCAGACAGUUCUAUGCCGACCGCAGGGUCUGGUGCAGUCACAGCCAGGACCAGAAGGCAGUGCCUCUGGGCUUCUGAACUCAUCCCUGCCUUCUUGGCUCUCAGUCAGAGCAUCGGGAAAGUGGUUGUGGAAACCACGCCACAUGGCUGGUGGGCCAGGUGAAGAGGAAUAAAUCUGCUUGAACUCUGAGUAUCUGCACUCCCUCUAAAGACUUAUUACACGUUUAUGUGCUUACUUAAUAGUGUCAGAAGUUUCAGUUUGUAAAAAACCAUCUGAUUCCCAUUCAUGCUUUGGUGCUUGGUACCUCACGGUGCCUCUUUAAGCCUUGUUCUUAGAGCUUAUCCGUUAGAAUCCCACAAGAGAGAGAAGCGAAAUGUUCUCCUUCCCUACUAGAGAAUAUGCUCCCUUCUGAGUUGUCUUCACUUUGGAGACUGGGGGAGCUUCUCCCCAGCACAGAUGUGGGUGGGAUUCCCUGGAGCAGGCAGGACGGACACCAGCGUCAAUUUGAGGAACGCACUUAAGAAGUGACAUCCAAGUUUUCACUACCACCAUCCUGGGGACAUCCAUCGGGUUUUCAGCCUUUCCAGUCAGGGACAUUCCACCACCACAGUUGGGAUGUUCUGAGCACCAGCAUGCCGCUAGCGGCCCCUUCGCCAACCCAACCUGGCACCACGAAGCCUGACCCUGACGGCACAGGGCACCACGGGUAAGAUGACUUGUGUUUGCAACGCUUUGGGCGGUUCCUCUAAAAGCAAUUUGAGCUAUAAAGACUUGUUUCAUUAUUUUAAUCUUUGAUUUGAUUGUACCCCCAAGUGUACUUAAUCACCUUAGUGCCAGUUUGAAUCCAUUUACACUAAAGAAAUCCAUAAGGCUGUUUGGUGUGGAAUUCGGUGCUGUCCUACCUCAGGCCCUGCCUGUGUGCUGGGGAAGUGGGAAGGCGCCCUCUGGUGGGGGCAUUGGACGCAUAUCCUUCGUGGAUGAAGAGGUGGUUUGGAAUGUACAGAAGCCGCCAUCAUCCAUGAGAAGUACACAUUAACAGGGUUGAACCCAGUUGAUAAGCAAAACUACUUUAGAAAACAGGACAUCAGUAAACAGUACAAUCAAACAGAAUGCAAUGUGUGAUUCCUCUGCAAGGUUUCAAAGUUACCUGCGAAGGAGAACACUGUGUUCACUCACACUGGGGGGAACUCAUUCAGAACCCAACAGAAAGUGCCAUGUUUAGCUAGGUUAAGAAAAGUUACCCACCCAUGGGCAGCGUGUUAGUUUCCUGUUGCUGUGUAACAAAGGUUCAUACUUAGCAACUUACAAACUUUUAAAAGUAAGCCCCGUUCUGGCUGAUUUUCUGCUGGGGAGGGUCUCACCAGGCUGCAGCCAUGGCAGCAUUCCUUGCGGAGAGGCUCAAGGGCAGAAUCUGCGUGUGUGCUCACUCGGUACUGGCAGAGCUCCGUUUCCGGAGGCUGCAGGACUGAGGUCCCAGUCCUUCCUGGCUGUCGGCUGGGGGCUUUGCUCAGGUCCUCGAGGCCGCCCGCUUUCCUUCCCUCCUGGUCCUCCGUCUGCAAGACACUGGUGGCCGGUCAAGCCCUUCUUGUUCUCACACUUCUGGAAAUUUUCUACUUUCUAUUUUAUGGGCUCAUGGGGUUAGAUCAAACCCACCCCCAAACCCUAACUUUAAGGUCUGCUGCGAGCCGUGUAACAGUGUGAUCUCGGUCACAGGAUUGCUGUCUCCUCAGCCUUCGCGGGCUCCAGGCACGCGUGGGUGGAACUGCAAAGGGGUACAUUUGUGAAUUCUGUCUCCUUCAAGCAGUGACCCUGCCUGUCUCGGCUCCGGGCGGUCACUGUGGCCUGAACGGGGCUGCCAACGCCUCUCCUGUCGUCUCUGUGGAACAGGACAGUCCUGGCCGCAGCACGCCACUGUGUGUUUACCGACGUGAACUACAGAGAGCACUUUUCUUCCUAAAGUGGAUGGUUCCUGUAUUUUGAAAUUAUUUUUAAUAAGGCUGAAUUAUGUGUGUAUUGUGCUUAAUAGAAAGUACAUUCUUGGGCUACUUUUGUAAUGUCCUGUCUAUUGCAAAUGGAAAAUGACAGCUGGUUGUGUUCAAAACUGUAGAAAAGACUUUUGUACAUACUGCCAAUGUCUAAUUUGUAUACACGCCAAUUAGUCUGCCCACAAGUUGGAAGGGGGGAACUUGUAGAGAUUAAAAUAUAUACUUGGUCUAA